UCCAACCACGUCAACAAUACCGCGACGGCGUGUGGCAUUUUCUGACCACACAUGCAAAGCCAAAAUCUUUCGUUCCAACGCCCACCAUUUCCAGUUUGGUUCUUCAAUUCGCGCUGUGGCCGCUCGUAGCAGCGUGCGUAUUUCUUCUUCUUCUUCCCAUGUAACGCAUUCCCACUCCAAACAAAUUUAUCAGAUGUCCUCCUCAAUCUGCUCGUCAAUUCGGGCAUUGCCGCCGCACCACGGGCGCCCCAACAACUCCAGAUUCGCAUUGUUUCAAUCCAAGAGAUGUUUAUGCUUCGCGCCUCGCUUCGUUGCUUGCUUGACCAACGACGACUCUGUUGCAAUCCCCAAACCCUCGCCGCUGGCCUUCGAUCCUUCGGAGGAGUUGUACGGACUUGGCGUCGAUUUAAACCCAAGGUUUAGUAUCUGGAAUUCAGCUUCCAGCGCACCUGAACCCAGGUCCUGGUUUGGCCCGAAUGGUCAGUAUAUUAAAGAACUACCUUGCCCAAGUUGCCGAGGUAGGGGCUAUGCGCCGUGUACGGAAUGUGGAAUUGAAAGAUCCCGAGCAGACUGUUCCGUGUGUAAUGGGAAGGGUAUAGUGACCUGCCACCAAUGCUUGGGAGAUCGUGUCAUAUGGGAAGAGUCCAUUGAUGAACAACCAUGGGAGAAAGCGCGCUCCACGUACUAGCACCAUUCUCUUUCUCUUAUUCCUAUUCAUUUUAUUUUGUGUUAGAUUUUGUUGGAUACUAGCUUUUAGGCAGUGAAAGAGUCCGGCUAAGGGAAAGUAGAUUCUGGCAUUAUUAUUUACUCUACUGGGAGAAAUAAUCAUGGGUGGUAAUCAUGCCGUUUUGCUAUUAUUAAAUCCAAAACCAAAAAACUUGAUUAUUGUGAAUCAUUCUCUAGUCUCAACUAGAGCAUCUCUUUCCCAAAAAGAAGUGGGAAACUCUGUUCCAGAUUCUUAGAAUUGAUCAGAAGGUUGUUUGGUUGAAUUCAAUAAGAAUUUAGGGAAGUGUUAAGUAUAUUUCUUU